AUGCAACUCCAAAGGUUGGGUGCUCCACUACUUAAAAGGCUUGUGGGGGGAUGCAUACGCCAAUCAACGGCGCCGAUUAUGCCAUGUGUUGUUGUUAGUGGCUCGGGUGGUUUUUUGACUCCCGUGCGUACUUACAUGCCGCUCCCCAAUGAUCAAAGUGACUUCUCACCGUACAUCGAGAUUGAUUUGCCAAGUGAAAGCCGCAUCCAAUCACUGCAUAAGAGCGGACUUGCGGCACAGGAGUGGGUUGCAUGUGAAAAAGUGCAUGGGACAAACUUUGGUAUCUACUUAAUUAACCAGGGAGACCACGAGGUUGUGAGGUUUGCAAAGCGUAGUGGCAUCAUGGACCCAAAUGAGAAUUUCUUUGGUUACCACAUCCUUAUCGACGAGUUCACAGCACAAAUUCGUAUUCUAAAUGACCUAUUGAAACAAAAAUAUGGACUGAGCCGUGUUGGGCGUUUGGUGCUCAAUGGAGAACUGUUUGGUGCCAAGUAUAAGCACCCACUCGUUCCAAAGAGUGAGAAGUGGUGCACGCUACCAAACGGGAAGAAGUUCCCUAUCGCCGGUGUUCAAAUACAGAGGGAACCCUUUCCACAAUAUAGUCCAGAGCUCCAUUUCUUUGCAUUUGACAUUAAGUACAGUGUGAGUGGCGCGGAAGAGGACUUCGUGCUGCUUGGUUACGACGAGUUCGUCGAGUUUUCUUCCAAAGUGCCCAACCUGUUAUACGCGCGGGCUCUUGUUCGUGGGACGUUGGAUGAGUGUUUAGCAUUUGAUGUGGAGAAUUUCAUGACACCGCUGCCCGCGUUGCUUGGCUUAGGUAAUUACCCCCUUGAGGGGAAUUUGGCAGAGGGUGUGGUCAUUCGUCACGUACGUCGCGGGGAUCCGGCGGUAGAGAAACACAACGUCUCGACUAUAAUCAAACUCCGCUGCUCCAGUUUCAUGGAGUUGAAGCACCCCGGUAAGCAGAAGGAACUGAAGGAGACAUUUAUCGACACGGUACGCUCCGGAGCUCUGCGGCGGGUGCGAGGGAAUGUGACCGUUAUCUCAGACUCCAUGUUGCCUCAGGUGGAGGCAGCGGCCAAUGAUCUGUUACUAAACAAUGUAAGCGAUGGCAGGUUGAGCAAUGUGCUAUCGAAGAUUGGUCGUGAACCUCUGCUGUCUGGGGAGGUAUCGCAGGUUGAUGUGGCGCUUAUGCUUGCUAAGGACGCACUGAAAGACUUUCUCAAGGAGGUAGAUAGUUUGGUGUUGAACACAACCCUUGCUUUUCGCAAGUUGCUAAUCACCAAUGUCUACUUCGAGUCUAAGCGGUUAGUGGAGCAAAAGUGGAAGGAACUCAUGCAGGAAGAAGCAGCCGCGCAGUCAGAGGCUAUUCCACCACUUUCACCCGCUGCCCCCACAAAGGGCGAAUGA